AUGGCAUUACAACCACUACCAUUACCAAAUUUUUCCGGAGAAUAUGAUGAGGAUAUUGAUAUUUUUAUUAGUCAAUUAUCGUCAUAUCUAGCUGGCACUGGUAUAAAUCCAGUUGGAGCUCGAGAUCAAGCAUUUGGUAUUCUUCGGGAAUGUUUAUCUGGACGAGCAUUAGAAUGGUUUGAUCGAAAAAUUCUUGGUAAGCGUUGGGAACUUCAUAAUAUUUUUGCAAAUCAUGAUCAGGCUGAAACCCUUCAAUCGCUCACGACUAUGCGAAUAUUGCUGGUAAUAAUGCAGUAA